GUUAUAAUUUCAAGUAGUCAUUUAUUUGGAAGAUAUUUUAAUGCAUAAGUAAUUAAAAAUAUGAAUCAACCGCCUGUAAAGUGUUGUCCCAAUGAUAAAAUGAAAUUAAAAAUUCUCGCUAUACACGGUUACAGACAGAACGCCGAAACUUUUAAAGCGAAAACAGGAUCGUUUCGUAAAAUAGUACACAAAUGGGCUGAAUUUACGUAUAUAACAGCCCCACAUAAAGUGAUUUUAGUAGACGAUCCAAACGAUUUGGAUAAAAAUAAUCAAGACAUUGGACAAAGUAAAGAUGAAGAACAAUACGGUUGGUUUUUUAAUAGAGACGAUUUAACGUUUAGGGGUAUAAGAAAAGGUGGACCGGCUAUUGGAUUCGAAGAAAGUGUAAAAUUCAUAGAAGAUGUAUUCGAAAAGGAAGGGCCUUUUGAUGGUAUUUUAGGUUUUUCGCAAGGUGCAUGUUUCACGGGCCUUCUCUGCGAUUUACAACAAAGAGGACUUACGAAAUUUACUUUCAGCUUUGCAGUUUUAGCUUCGGGUUUUAAAUCUGGCAGUUUGCCCCAUUUAAAAUAUUAUAUCGAUAGAAUAACGAUACCGACUCUUCACAUUUUCGGCGAAAAUGAUCAAAUAAUACCCACAGAGAUGAGUGAAGCUUUGAGUAAUUGUUUCGAAGAUCCUGUGAUAGUUAAACAUCCUGGAGGCCAUUAUUUACCCGCAGCAGCUGCACAAAAACAUGAUUACCAAAAAUUUAUUAAAUUACAACUUUUACAAAAAUCCGUAACGUGAAAAUAAUAUAAAUAAAUUGUUAUUUUUGAA